CCCUUCUUUCCUUCUAUUCCCCGCAACAAAACAACCCCCCAACCUCUCUCUAUCUCUCCACUUGUUUUCUUGAUCUCCGCCGCUUCCUCGCCUCUCCUCUCCCCCGCGUCUCUAGGGUUUCCACGCCGCCGGAUUCGAAACCCGUGCUCCCGAGCAAGUGACCAGCGGGGCAACUCCAUCAAGUGACCUGUGCUAAUUAUGCGAUCUUCAUGGGCUGACUCAGUUGCGAACGCCGAGGAAUCGGCGCCCGCGACUGGUGCUGCUAACGGAUCCGUUGCUAAUCACGGCAACCCACGCCCCACCCGCAGCUCCUACGUGCCUCCUCACCUUCGUGGCCGUCCGGCUGGUGCUGGUCUUGACGCCCAAGCAGGCUCUGUAGCACCAGCGCAAGGUGGCCCACUGCCCUCAGCUCCCGCACAGCCUUCUGGUCCAGCGGCUGCUGUCGGUGGCCCUCGCUGGGCUGGCAUUGUUAAUGGUGGUGGCAGUGGAAGUGUGGGUGCUCCUCGCCAGGGUUAUGGCGGUGGGGGCCGUGGUGGUGGAGGCGGUGGCGGUGGGGGUGCCUGGAACUCCCGUCCUGGGGGUUGGGACCGCAGAGACCGUGAGCCGGAUCCCUUUGCCAAAGCUGAGGCAGAAGAAGUUGACUUCGAGGGUGAGAACACUGGCAUCAAUUUUGAUGCCUAUGAAGACAUCCCUGUUGAGACCAGCGGCCACGAUGUACCCGCACCAGUCAACACAUUCGCAGAGAUUGAUUUGGGUGAUGCGCUGAAUGAGAAUAUCCGGAGGUGCAAGUAUGUGAAACCAACACCGGUGCAGCGUUACGCCAUCCCAAUCUCCAUCGCUGGACGGGAUCUUAUGGCCUGUGCACAGACUGGGUCUGGAAAAACUGCAGCCUUCUGUUUCCCAAUCAUCAGUGGCAUCUUGAAGUCAAGACCACCCCAGAGGCAGCGUAGUUCAAGGACUGCAUGUCCUCUGGCUCUGAUCUUAUCUCCCACUCGUGAGCUUUCAGUCCAAAUCCAUGAAGAAGCAAGGAAGUUUGCAUAUCAGACUGGUGUCAGAGUCGUGGUUGCAUAUGGAGGUGCACCGAUAACAAAUCAGCUGAGGGAGUUAGAAAGAGGUGUUGAAAUCCUGGUGGCAACUCCUGGACGCUUAAUGGAUCUGUUGGAGAGGGCUAGAGUCUCACUGCAAAACAUUAUGUAUUUAGCUCUUGAUGAAGCUGAUCGAAUGCUUGAUAUGGGUUUCGAGCCACAGAUACGUAAAAUUGUUGAGCAGAUGGACAUGCCUCCACGUGGCCAGAGGCAGACAAUGUUGUUUAGUGCUACAUUCCCAAAAGAGAUACAGAGGAUGGCUGCGGAUUUCCUUGCUGAUUACAUCUUUCUUGCUGUUGGGAGGGUUGGUUCAAGUACCGAUUUGAUUGUCCAGAGGGUGGAGUUUGUCCUAGAUGCAGACAAACGUAGCUACCUCAUGGACCUUCUUCAUGCGCAAAAGGCUAAUGGUACACAUGGGAAGCAAGCUCUUACUUUGGUCUUUGUGGAGACAAAGAGGGGGGCUGAUGCUCUGGAGGACUGGCUGUAUAGAAAUGGUUUCCCUGCAACUAGCAUUCAUGGAGACAGGACACAACAGGAAAGGGAGCAUGCUCUCAGAUCAUUCAAGAGUGGAGCAACUCCCAUUCUUGUGGCAACUGAUGUCGCUGCUCGUGGUCUUGACAUACCACAUGUUGCUCAUGUGAUCAAUUUUGACCUCCCAAAUGAUAUAGAUGACUAUGUCCAUCGUAUUGGAAGGACUGGGCGUGCUGGCAAAUCUGGCCUGGCGACUGCAUUUUUCAAUGAGAGCAACAUUUCGCUGGCAAGGCAGUUGAGUGAGCUCAUGCAAGAGGCCAACCAGGAGGUUCCUCAGUGGCUUGAGCGGUACGCUGCCCGUUCAGUCUACGGAGGUGGCGGCGGUGGUAGAAACCGCAGAUCAGGUGGCGGUGCCAGAUUUGGUGGCCGCGACUUCCGGCGAGACAGGGGCAGUGGUGGGUAUAGCGGUGGCGGUGGCGCUUAUGGUGGUGGCGGCGGCGGUGGAUAUGGGGGGUCAUCGGGAUAUGGUGGUGGCUACGGAGGAGGCGGCGGCGGCGGCUACGGUGGUGGUCAGAGUACGAGCGCUUGGGACUGAUCUUGAUCCGUACUAAGCGUGAAGUUGAAUAUGAAUCUGCAGUGAUCAAUUGGUUCCCUUGGGUUAAAUGGAUGCUUGGAAAUGAAAUUUGUAUCUUGACUGGAUGAGUAUGGUGUUGGGAAACGUCCCCUUCGCCUAGUGUUCUGGUUUUAAUCUUUUCGUUUAUGUUGUACUAGGAAUUGGCUUGUGUGUUCUUUUAUUAUCUGGAUUGUUGGGCUCAUAUUCCCCGCGUGCU